CUCAAUGUCAUUCAGUUCAUCAAUGUCCUGAGAGAAACCGGAAAAGGCUCCGACAUGGCCAGUCAUGGCAUAGCCCGUACGAUCCGAACGCGCACCGACGAACAACGCGAACAGGACCUCGACAAGAUCGCCAAGUACCGCGACCUUGAGACACAGAUCCGCAUGCGCGUCAAACAGGGUAGCAACAGUGACAACGACAACGGCAGCUACGCGGACCCGGUGCUCUUCCAACUGACAACCAAACUCCUCCGCCUCAACCCCGAGUACUACACAAUAUGGAACGUGCGUCGGUGCUGUCUAACCUCUGGCUUAUUAUGCAGACGGUCGGGUGGAUCAUCGCUCUCGAAGGCGUCGCCGAGUACUUCUCGGAGCGACACUAUGAGACCGUCCUCCGGCGACUGCUUGCCCUCGUCCUCGGAUUCGACCCGGCCAGACCGAAAGUCCCUGAGAGCUGGGAGGGAUGGGAAGAGUGGUAUUUCAGCUGAUGACGGGACGGGAUCGCACGACACCAAUACAGGUAGGACGCAAGAGGCAGAGGCAACGGGAGCGGAUACGCAAGAAGAAGAUGACACAGAGGCGAUUGGGAAAGACACGGGCCUUCUGCAAUCAGAGCUCGCGUUCACCAUCCCGCUCCUCCUCGAAUUUCCCAAAUGCUACUGGAUCUGGAAUUACCGGUCCUGGCUGCUCUCCGAAGCCAUCUCCCGUCUACCUUCCACCAUCGCACGCCAGAUCUGGGAAGCCGAGCUGGCCCUCACUGCCAAGAUGCUGGCCAAAGACCGCCGCAACUUCCACGCCUGGAGCUAUCGCCGACAUGUCGUUGCGACGCUCGAAAGCCCCGCUCUGAACGGGUCCAGCAUGGCCGAGACCGAGUUCGCUUAUACCACCAAGAUGAUUGGCGCGGACCUGUCGAAUUUCAGCGCUUGGCAUCAUCGCAGUCGGCUAAUUCUCCGGGUACUGGACGAGAAAGAUGCCGAUGAUCAGGCGAGGAAGGCGUUCUUGGAAGAGGAGCUAGCGCUCGCGAGGGAGGGUUUGAAUGUCGGCCCUGAGGAUCAGAGUUUGUGGUACUACCACCAGUUCUUGAUGUCACAUCUUACGGAAUAUUCUGGGCGGGUAACGAUUGCACCGGCACUGACGGUGGAGGAGAGACGGGCAUAUGUGAUGAAGGAGAUUGAGGAGAUCAAGGAUCUGCUUGAGGAUUACGAUGAUGUGAAGUGGAUCUACCAAGGGUUGCUCGAUUAUACACUUGCGCUUGGCAGUCUGGGAGGAGAAGGUAAGGGCAAUGAGGCGGAGGGUUUCAAGGACGACAUGCAGGAGUGGCUUGCGAAGCUGAGGAAACUUGAUCCCAUGAGGAAUGGGAGAUGGGAUGACGUCGAGAAGACUCUUGAGGGCUGGUGAUUGACAGCUCUUUAUAUU